AUUCUCAUGAGCGGAAUCACUAUCGCAUAAUUUAUUGUAUUACUUUAUAAUUUUAAUGUUUAUGUUGUGCUGCCAUAUGGGGAGUGUGAUUAUGUACUAUAAUGUGAUCAAAAUUAUGAAAUGAAGUUUUCCACUUCUUUAAUACCGUGAAAGAGUUUAUAGUUUGAUUUCUUUGAAAUUUUUAUUAGUGUAUCAAAAUUACGUUAGGGGGCGGUACCGUGAUGCCAGUGCGAAAGCAAGAGGCCCAUCGAGCGCUGGAACUGCUGGAAGAUUAUCACAGCAAGUUAGUGAAGCCGCAAGACAGACAGCUGAGACUAGCUAUUGAAAGGGUUAUAAGGAUAUUCAAAUCAAGGCUCUUUCAGGCCCUACUUGAUAUUCAAGAAUUCUACGAGCUAACUCUCCUCGACGACAACAAGUCCAUUCAGCAGAAAACAGCUGAGACGAUCCGAAUCGCUAACAAGUGGGAGGCUGACGGAGUACGACGGGAAUCACAGACUGGAGACAAUGACUUUAGAUCAGUAUCGAAUGCCUUCCUUCAAGACACCAACAAGAAAUCCGAGAAUCGAAAUGCGGAAACUCCAGAUUCGGCAAGGAUGGGAACAAUUCCUUCGAUUAUAUCACCAACCGGAGACACAGAGGAAAAAAAGGCACACGUUUCGUCACCUGAAAUGAAACAGUUGCAGAUAAAUGGGAUAGAGGGUGGUGCUGAGCGUACGGUGGGCGACGAUGGUCAUUUGUACCUUACUGUAGUAUUAUCACGCGCCGGUGGAGCUGGUUUGGGAUUCAGUAUCGCUGGGGGUUCCGACAACCCCCAUAUAGCGGAUGACCCACUCAUCUACGUCACCAAGCUCAUUCCAGGCGGGGCGGCCGCUGCCAGCCAACUUCAGAUCAACGACGCCAUAUUACAGGUUAACGAUACAUCAGUCGAGAACGUGACGCACGCCGAGGCGGUUGAUGCGUUGAAAAAGGCCGGCAGUAGUGUUAAAUUGAAAAUAAGACGUCGACAAGUCGAAGACACUCUGAACGUGUCCACGACAUCAAACAGAGAAGAGGCAGUAGAGAUUGAACUAGUUAAAGGCGGUUCAGGCUUAGGGUUCAGCAUAGCAGGUGGUCUGGGUAACCAACAUAUACCUGGUGAUAAUGGAAUAUAUGUGACCAAGAUAAUGGCUGGCGGAGCUGCCCACAGAGAUGGACGUUUGAGGGUCGGAGAUAAAUUACUCAUGGUCAAAAACACUUCAAAAGGCGAUGUGAAUUUGGACAAUGUGACUCACGAAGAUGCUGUGAGCGCUUUAAAGGCUUCAGGGGAACGUGUGCAGUUAGUACUUAUACCGGGGCCCAGACACGGCCAGCCCUCGCCCAGAACAUCACGAGCAAACACCCCCUCAAGCACCGCCAAUUCCCUGCGAAGGGAAGACGUGGUCGACGGAGAGGAGCCGCGGGUGGUGGAAUUAGAGAAGGGCCCGCAAGGCUUGGGUUUUAACAUCGUGGGCGGCGAGGACGGCCACGGUAUAUAUGUAUCGUUUCUUCUCGCCGGCGGACCUGCCGAGAGGUCGGGCCAGCUCCGGCGUGGUGAUCGCCUGUUGGCCGUCAACGAUGAAAACAUCACAUCCGCCACACACGAACAGGCGGCUAAGGCUCUCAAGAGCACAGGGCAGAACGUCAAGCUAACGGUCGUGUACAGGCCACAGGAAUAUAAUAAAUUUGAAGCCAGGAUCAAUGAAUUGAAACAACAUCACACACUGCUGAGAACCUCCCAAAAGCGAUCGCUGUAUGUAAGGGCCUUAUUUGACUACGAUCCUGUAAGAGAUGACGGUCUACCAUCACGAGGACUUCCUUUCCGCUACGGCGACAUCCUUCACGUCACCAACGCCUCUGACGAUGAAUGGUGGCAAGCGAGACGCCUGGACUCUUCUGAUGCGGACGGUGUAGGUAUCAUACCUUCUAAGCGACGCUGGGAAAGGAAACAACGAGCAAGAGAUAGACAAGUCAAGUUCCAAGGACAAGGAACACCCGUCAGCACAAGCCAGUCGACCUUAGAGAGGAAAAAGAAAACUCUAUCGUUCAGCAGGAAGUUCCCCUUUAUGAAGAGUCGAGAAGACGGCAAGUCCGAAGACGGCUCGGACCAGGAGCCUUUCAUGCUUUGCUACACCCAGGAGGACGCUAACGCGGACGGGGAAAUCUUGUACCGAGUGGAACUUCCCAUGAUGGAGGAGAUAACGCUCAUAUAUCUCGAGGACGAUUGUCAAGACGAGGCGGUGUUGUCGUAUGAGACGGUCCAGCAAUUGACCAUAAAUUAUACAAGGCCCGUGAUAAUACUUGGACCUCUGAAGGAUAGGAUCAACGAUGACCUUAUAUCCGAGUUUCCUGACAAGUUUGGAAGCUGUGUGCCUCAUACAACUCGUCCACGCCGUGAUUACGAGGUCGACGGUCGGGACUACCACUUCGUGUCGAGUCGAGAACAGAUGGAGAGAGAUAUACAGAACCACUUGUUUAUAGAGGCGGGUCAGUACAACGAGAAUCUGUACGGCACAUCGGUCGCCUCAGUCAGGGAAGUCGCCGAGAAGGGAAAGCAUUGCAUUUUGGAUGUCAGCGGAAACGCCAUUAAGAGGUUGCAAGUAGCCCAACUAUAUCCCAUUGCCAUAUUUAUUAAACCAAAGAGUGUAGAAUCAAUUUUGGAAAUGACGAAGCGAAUGACUGAAGAACAAGCGAAGAAAACUUACGAACGCGCUCUUAAAAUGGAGCAAGAAUUUGCAGAAUAUUUCACAGCGGUGGUGACCGGCGAUACUCCUGAAGAGAUCUACGCGCGUGUGAAGGCGGUCAUCACGGCUGAGAGCGGGCCGAGCGUGUGGGUGCCGCGUCGGGAGCCGCUCUGAGCAAUAUCCACUACCUACAGCUACCACACUAUCCCCACUACCCCGCUAAUGUUCUACCCGCCGGGGGUAGACACUAAACGCAUCGGCUUCUAGACAUACAAGGAUACCUAAAACCUAACAACCUAGGGCUGUCUCCAGCGAAAACCCUUGAAGCUUUAUCAAAUAUCCGAAUAUGACAACCUAACGCGAUGAGCAUUGAGCCCUGAACACAUCGGCUAUGAAAAGAUACAGAUUGUUGACUCAGGGCUGUGAAAAGAGAAAAUCUUUGAGCCUGUAUCAAAUAACACGACGAAGGUAUACCGCAUAAUCAGAAAGCCCCCAUGUGAAUGUCACGGAACCCAACAUCCUAUAGUGUACCUGAAAAUGUCCUGUAAUUCCUGAUAUCAAGAAGUUUGUAUUGCUCUUAGGUUUGUGUGUAGUCGGCGGAUAAUUCGAUGCGAUGCUUAAACGCUGUCGGGGAUAUGUGAGGUUAACGAAAGUUAGUAAAGACAAUUAACUCGUGGCAUGUUGAAUCCUGAAGACAAUCAAAUAAAUAUGAAAGGAAAAUCCUUCAAAGCGGACAGGAUAGUGCAUUUGGAUAAAAUCGAAAUAGCCGAACUUGUUGUUUGCUAUUGAAAAAUUAUGAUGGGGUAUUCGACAGGAUCGCUUGUUUAUCUCCAAUUUAGCAGAUAGGCGGGACUAAUAAAUAAAAAAAUUGGUCUCAUUUCAAUCAAUAUUGGCUGUAAGACGUAUAUUCUAGCAGUGCCAUAAAAUAUACUAUAUAAAUAAUCAUGUCCAAUACCCUUUCUAUAAUUUCGUUGAUCGGAUCAGUCUCUAUAAUGUUGCUAUACUAUCACAGCUGUUGUUGUAAUUGUUAUCUUAGAAUCUCUAACAUCAAUUUACACACAAGUGCCGUAGAACUUGCAAGCAAUAUGGAAUCCGUUGGUGGUACACUUAUAAGCAAUCUAUCACCGCCCUUAGGAACCCAUUAGAUAGUCGCGUGUUUUUAAAAUCUUGUUGAUUUUAAUAUAUUUUAUACCGCUCGGUAAAAUUCCUAUCAGAUUUAAUAUAAGACAGUGUUUCGUCUCAAACAUUACAUGCGAGUUGAAUGCUAAUUUAUAAUAUCAAGCUUUCACUAUUGAACAUUAUGCUUGUGUUUAUUGUGCAAAUUUUAAUAUAGAUAUAUUAUUUCGUGCAAAACGAUAUCUUUUUUUUUUAUUGUAUUGUGUAAUUAAAAAUUAUUUAUUCACAGAACAGAUUUACAUGCUUGGAUUAACUGUAAAUCGUUUUAAUGUAAAAUUGUAUAUUGUAGAAAUUUAAAAUAUCGUUUACGUUUGUUAACUCAGAUUGCUAGAGUAAAUUGAGAAUUUUGUGCCCAUGAAGAGAUAAUCUUUGUGAAGCAAUAUUUAUAUUUUACUGUACUGGCGUGUUACAAAAUAAUAUAUGACAAAUAGUUAUAAAGUUUACCUAACUAUCGUAGUUGAUACCCACCUCACGUCCCGCAUGGCUAGGCUAAGUAUGUAAUCAAUAUUAUUUGCUCAAGUGGCAAUCUGUAUUGUAGGCAUUGAAUCUCAUGACAUAGCACACCAACAUGGAAAAUCCUCAGCACGUAGAUUACGUGCGAAGUUGUUUGUUAAUCAUUUAUAUAGUAAGGAAUUGUGUUAUACGGUGUGGAAUGUCUCACCAUAUAGUGUUUGACAUUUAUUUAUUGAGAAUUUUAUUUUCUUACUAAAGUAAUGACCAUCUGCAAAUAUGGCGCUAUUAAAAACAAUGUCCCAACGCUUUAUUAUCCUCUACUCACAAUUAUUUUUAAUUGUAUAAUUUUAGUGCAAUGCAAUAAAAAAAUAUAUCUACAUAAUAUAAUUUUAUCUGUACUUAAUUUAUUUUUAAAUGUAUGUUGACAUUGUACGCCUUAAGUAUAAUAAUUUGCAUGACACAUACUUAAUUUUAUUCAUAAUAUGACAGAUAAGUUAAAUGAUUAUGCUUGUUUUUUUUUAUUCCUUUUUUUUAAUUUCCUACCAAAGAUUUUCAAUGGACACUGCGAAAAAAAAAUUGGCACAUGUUGAAAGUGUUGUGGUUUUAAAAUUUGAUGUUUGUUCAUAUGAUCCUCUAAGUUCUACAUGAUUGUAAAUAAACAACAGACAUUAAUAAAUUUUUAAUCUGUGUGCAACGCGUUACUCUAUAGAAUUUUAAUACAUCACCAUAAUUUGUGUUUGAUCAACUUAAUGUGUGUGACCGUUGUUAUAAUUUUACUUUAAGUACUACACUAUAAUAACAUUUGUAAGGAAUGGUUUUAAAAGGUAUUUAUUUUUUCGUGCUAAAUAGUAUAUAAUAUUAAUUGAAUGUUUUAAUUCUAUGUAUAUUAAUAAAUGUAAGUAUUAAAGUUUUUAACAUUUAGUUAUUAUUAAAAAUAUCUAAAUCCCAUAUUUGCAGAUGUACAGUGUUUAUCAAUUAGUGAUGUUCAAUAGACUAGUUUGAAUAAAAUUAUUUACGUUGAAAAUUC